UCCGCAGCAACAACCGCAGCCCGGGGGCCCUGCGCAGGCCCCGCCGGCGGCCCCGCUCCAACAGCGCCCGGAUGAGAGCGGGCCCGGCGGGGGGGGAGCGGGAGCGGGGCCGCAGAACGAAGCCGCCGCGCGGGCGGGAGCCGCGCACAAAGUGGCCCGGAGGUCAGACUUCCCGCGGAAGCGGAAGCGGAGCCGCUGGAACCAGGACUCGCUGGACCAGAAGACCGUGAUCCCGGGCAUGCCGACCGUGAUCCCGCCGGGGCUCACCCGCGAGCAGGAGCGCGCCUACAUCGUGCAACUGCAGAUCGAAGACCUGACUCGCAAACUGCGCACGGGAGACCUGGGCAUCCCCCCUAACCCUGAGGACAGGUCCCCGUCCCCAGAGCCCAUCUACAACAGCGAGGGGAAGCGGCUCAACACACGCGAGUUCCGCACGCGGAAGAAGCUGGAGGAGGAGCGGCACAACCUCAUCACCGAGAUGGUGGCCCUCAACCCGGACUUCAAGCCCCCCGCCGACUACAAGCCGCCGGCGACACGGGUGAGCGACAAGGUGAUGAUCCCGCAGGAUGAGUACCCCGAGAUCAACUUCGUGGGGCUCCUCAUUGGGCCCAGAGGGAACACGCUGAAGAACAUUGAGAAGGAAUGCAAUGCCAAGAUCAUGAUCCGGGGCAAGGGCUCGGUGAAGGAGGGCAAGGUUGGCCGCAAGGACGGGCAGAUGCUGCCGGGGGAGGACGAGCCCCUGCAUGCCCUUGUCACCGCCAACACCAUGGAGAACGUCAAGAAGGCGGUGGAGCAGAUCCGCAACAUCCUGAAGCAAGGCAUCGAGACCCCCGAGGACCAGAACGACCUGAGGAAGAUGCAGCUGCGGGAGCUGGCGCGCCUCAACGGGACCCUGCGGGAGGAUGACAACCGCAUCCUGCGGCCAUGGCAGAGCACCGAGACCCGCAGCAUCACCAACACCACCGUGUGCACCAAGUGCGGUGGUGCUGGCCACAUCGCCUCCGACUGCAAGUUUGCCAGGCCCGGGGACCCACAGUCAGCGCAGGACAAGGCGCGCAUGGACAAGGAGUACCUGUCACUGAUGGCGGAGCUGGGGGAGGCCCCGGUCUCGGUCAGCUCCAACGCUGCCCACAACAACAGCCCCCUCUCCAGCAGCCACCGCGCUGCCAACCAGGCCAGCAGCCAGCCCCCCCCCCGUGCCCGACCCACAUCCCAGAGCCGCCCACCCUGGAUGAACUCCACCCCGUCGGAAAACCGCCCCUACCACGGGAUGCAUGGGGGCCCAGGGGGGCCUCACAGCUUCCCCCACCCCAUGGCUGGCAUGGGGGGGGGCCACGGGGCACACCCCCUGCAGCACAACCCCAACGGGCCCCCGCCUUGGAUGCAGCCCCAUCAUCCCCCUAUGGGGCAGGGCCCCCACCCACCUGGGCACCCGGGGCCCCACCACAUGGAUCAGUACCUGGGCAAUGCGCCGGUGGGCUCUGGGGUCUAUCGCCUGCACCAGGGAAAAGGUAUGAUGCCUCCACCGCUGGGUAUGCUGCCCCCCCCGCCCCCCCGCCCGGUGGAGCCGCCCCCUCCCUCCGGCCCGCUCCCCCCCUGGCAGCAGCAGCCGCCGCCACCCCCCAGCAGCAGCAGCACCCCCUUGCCAUGGCAGCAAAAUACGACGACCACCACGAGCGCUGGCAGCGGCUCCCUCCCCCCAUGGCAACAGCAGGGGGGGGCGGGGGGGCGGCGGGGGGGGGGGGCAGCUUCUUCGGGAGCCCCCCCACUCCCCGGCAGCCCCUCCAUGGUGCCUUUGCCCCCCGGGGUCCAACCCCCACUGCCCCCCGGGGCCCCACCGCCCCCCCCGCCACCCCCUGGCUCCGGGGGCAUGAUGUACGCACCCCCGCCCCCCCCGCCGCCCCCCCCCAUGGACCCUUCUAACUUCGUCACCAUGAUGGGGAUGGGGGUGCCCGCCAUGCCCCCCUUUGGCAUGCCCCCCGCGCCCCCCCCACCGCCCCCCCAGAACUGAGCAAUACCAC